GUCAAAUAUAAAAUGCAGACAGCGAUACUAUACUUAUCCCACCCGUCUUCAGCUGACCCCCGGCGAGACACACCACGCACCAUUCCUCACACCGCCACCACGCCCGUACACCUGGCUCAUCAAUGACAUCGCGGAGCGUCUGCUGAUCUUGUAAGGUGACCCAGGCGCCCGAAUGGCCACCACCAGGCCCUUCCUGUAGACAUGGCUGGGCUGUCACCUCUGGCUGUACAGCCGGCUGGGGUACUGUGGCCGUGGGUGGGGCGGCAGGGGCGGCCGUGGGGAUUUUCUUGUCACGAAGCGGCGCCGGCUGAAACAAACAGACAAGAAGCUGUACACACGCAUGAGUGUGAGUCAUUGGUUGGCACCGACCCGUCACACGAUCAUUUCACAGGAUCGAAAGGCAGCAGACGCUCCACAGGCGACAGCCUCUUUUGCCGGCUGUUGAUGGGAGCCAGCAGCAGCAUCGGCCGGGGUGCCAUCGGUGGGUCCUCCAGGAUCGGCGACAGUGUGCUGACAAUAAUGGGAAAGGGAGGGGAGAAGGGUGUGGUGGGUGAAGUUGUAUAUGUCAGUGGAAGCGUGUGUGUCUGCCUGCACGUACCCGUUGCUGUCGCAUCGGCGGCCUCCGAUUCCACGAUCUCGGCCGUCAUGUCCGCCACGUAUUCGCGGAACUUGGCCUCACUACAGGCCACGCACAGCAUACACACACACACACACAGAGAGAGAGAGAGAAAGAAAGAGAGAGAGAGAGAGAGAUCAGGUCUCCAUGGAUCCAUCCGUCCCCUCGCUGUCCACCCACCACCUCCCGAGAAGCAGCGCCCGAACGAGCCUCGUUGGCUUCAAGUGAAGGUAGCCCGCCAUGAAUCCCGUGCUCAUGGGGGCCAGCCAGCCGCAUGCCCUUCACCGCCACUCCAUACAGGCGAAGCAGCUCCAUCAACUGCGCCAGCCACGGCACGCUGCCCCCCCGUCUGUCGUGGACGGGCUCCUCGACGCGGAUCUCGAGACUCCGCAUGGUCCCGAUCGUGUCGGGGGCAUCCAGGAGCUUGUGGAUGCUCAUCCACCUGGACUGGGCAAUGAGCUCCUCAUCCUGAUGGAUACAGACACACACACAUCGACAGACAGACAUCAACAGACAGAGAAACCGACAAACGAAUGUGAACAGGGCAGCCCUCUCUCUCUUGCCGAUCCCUAGCUCACUCACCGCAGGCACCGUGACGACCUUCCUCAGCCGCUCCCUCAGCAUCAACAGCCGCUGGAUGUCCUCUUCCGGCCAGUCGUCCCGUGCGAUGCACUUGUCCACCUCUGGCGCGGCGAGUCGGGAGGGCAGCAGGGGGUAGGCGUCAGUGGGGUGGACGGCAUGAUGAUGUAUGCGGGUCCGCUGCUGGCAGAGACAUCAAAUAUAAAAUGGAGGCAGCGAUGAGUCUCCAACCAAUUCCAGCCAUCAGCCGUGGCGUUAUGUCUCGGGGCCCUGACAGUAAGAGAGUGACAGCAGAGAGGGUAUUAUAGUGAGCAUCCACCAGUCCUCCGUUUGCUUCUUACUUGUAAACCCAAAAAUGGGUUUGCCCAUAUAGGAUGGCAGGGCGGGCAAAUGUGAGGGACCACCAGUCCUCUCUCCACACCU